AUGUAUUUCUUCCUGAAGCAUCUCUCCCUUCUGGAUCUCUGCUACAUUUCUGUGACUGUGCCGAGAUUCAUUUACAACUCUUUCACGCACAGUGGGAAUAUUUCCCUCUGGGAAUGCAUCCUGCAGUGCUUUGCUUUGAUUUCCUGUGGUUCCGCUGAGGUGUCCAUGCUCACGGUGAUGUCCUAUGACCGCUAUGUGGCCAUCUGCCUUCCAUUGCGCUAUGAUGACAUCAUGGAUGUCAGAACCUGUGUCCAUGGAGUCUCAGGUGUCUGGGUGAGUGGAGCCAUCUCUGGAGUCAUGCAUACGGCAGCUACUUUCUCCAUCCACUUCUGUGGUCCCCGUGUCAUUCACCAGUUCUUCUGUGACAUCCCCCAGCUCCUGAGACUCUCCUGCUCCAUUGAGUAUCUGGGUGAGCCUCAUUCAGACUCUCCAACUGCUUCAGACAUUUUUCUUACUAUUCUGUACACAGUUGUUCCCCCAACGUUCAAUCCAGUGAUCUAUAGCCUGCGAAAUAAAGCUAUCAAGUUGGCUAUAAGCAAGGUUUUUCAAAGAAGAGCAGGAUACCUCUUUUGUUGA